AUGGGAGGCACGCUGGAGUACUUGUCGGAUCUGCUGGGCGGCGGCGGCGGCCGGCGCCGGUACAAGAAGAGGAAGCAGUUCCAGACGGUGGAGCUCAGGGUGCGCAUGGACUGCGACGGCUGCGAGAUGAAAGUCAGGAACGCCCUCUCCAGCAUGAAAGGGGUGCACUCCGUGGAGAUCAACCGGAAGCAGUACAAGGUGACGGUGCAGGGGUACGUGGAGCCCCACAAGGUGGUGAAGCGGGUGCAGGCCACGGGGAAGAAGGCCGAGAUCUGGCCCUACGUGCCCUACAGCCUCGUCGCGCACCCGUACGCCGCGCCGGCCUACGACAAGAAGGCGCCACCGGGGUACGUGCGCAGGGUCGACGCCGUCAUGCCCGUCUCCAGCUACGGCGGACCCACGGCGGCAGGCCCGCAGGAGGAGCGGCUCGUCACGAUGUUCAGCGACGACAACCCCAACGCAUGCUCCAUCAUGUAA